AUUACUUUCCAAGAGACACUUGCAGUAGUCUGGAAGUCGCAGAUGUAAAAUGGCUUUGAACCGUAUCAUGUUCAUUACUGUGUGCAUGCUCCCACUUUUACCCUGUUUCACAGGUAAGUGGCUGUCUUAUUAAAUUUGAGCUGCAUUUAAGAACAGUGUGUAUUCCUGUAACACAUUCUAAACAUAUUUAUGUUAAUUGUGGUUCUGUUCUUGAAUCUGAUUCUAAAGCAGAUUGAUUUUAGUAAAAGAAGCCAUGUUUCACAUGUUCUACUGUAAUGUUUUUUCUCAUUCUCUACCUUCAAUCUUCAAUUGCAGUUGAAAGUAAAUGCAAAAACAAACUUAUCAGCAGCAUCAAUGUAACCACUGAGCUGCAGUCUGAUGUUCUUCUGCCGUGUAACUUUGAAGCGACCCUCCUUGGAUCAAACCAGACUGCAGAUAUAGCAGCAGUGUGGAGUCAGAGGACUAUACCAGCAGAUAAUCUAGUGGAGAUCAGUCUGCAGGGUGAAGUAAUGUUCUGGAAUAACAGAGGUGGACGUAUUAAGACGUUCCCCAAACUCUCAGAAUCUGGAAACUUCUCCAUCCUCCUCCGUAAUGUACAGCAGUCUGAUCUGGAUCUCUACCGCUGUGAGCUGCAUGAGGGAAUCAACUGCAUGAUCGCUUAUCAGGAGAUUAAUCUGAAAUCUAUAGGAGCUGUUUCUGAGGGUUUUCUGAGCUUGCCCAUCACAGCCGGAGCAUUAGGAGGGGGCAUUAUUCUUCUUGGUCUACUUAUAAUCAGUUACUUCUGUGCAAAACGUAGCAGAAAUUCUAGCGACAAGACAGUCUGCAAAAAUACACUUAAUAACUCAAUAUAUAACACUGUCCUUUAUCAAGAACAAAGCAGCAGAGCCAGAGAAGAGGAAGGGAUUUCACCUGAUACCGUAGUGUACGCCACCGUCAAGAAAGGAAAGGGAGCACCAAAAGAGAGAAACCAGACAGAAGAGGUUAUAUACUCACACAUAGUUUUUACCACAAAGGAUUAA